AUGAAUCGAGGAAUUUACGGUUUACUUGGUGCGAGCGGUUGUGGAAAGACAACUCUAUUAAGAUGUGUAUUGGGAAGACUGCAACCGAAGAGUGGAUCCAUUUAUUUAUUUGGAGAAACGCCGGGAACCGCUAUGAGUCGAGUGCCCGGACCUGGCGUUGGAUAUAUGCCUCAAGAGUUGGCCCUUUACGACGACUUCAGUAUCGAAGAAACUCUCGUAUAUUUUGGCCGAUUAUUUGGUAUCAAAUCCAAAAUUAUAGACUCGAGGAUUGAAUUCAUGAUUAAUUUGCUUCAAUUACCAAAUCGUAAGAAAUUAAUCUCACAAUUAAGUGGAGGUCAGAAGAGACGCGUUUCGUUGUCGACCGCACUUUUACACAAUCCUCCACUUCUAAUACUCGAUGAGCCCACAGUAGGCGUGGAUCUGAUUCUUCGAGAGGCUAUUUGGAAGCAUUUGGAGAAUCUCUGCAGAACUGGUUUGACUGUAAUUCUGACCACACAUUACAUAGAAGAGGCCAGAAGUGCAUCGAAUGUAGGAUUUAUGCGCUCCGGAAGAAUAUUAGCCGAAGACUCACCUCUUCAGCUCUUAAGAAGACACCAAUUAAUGACUUUAGAAGAAGUGUUCCUUAAAUUAUCGCAAUUAGAAGACGACAUGAAAGUGAAUAAUAAACUGACGUUUAAUAGAAAGUCAAUCACUAAUGAAAUAUUGGACACAAAUAUCAUCAGUAGUCCUGAAGACCAGACAUCAGAAAAGAUAUCAUUGAAAGUCAUUAAAUCUGACAAUUCUUCAAAUAAUUCGCAAGAAUUUGAUCGCAAUUCUGGCGAAGGCUUUGUAAACAAUGGCUUCAUUGCGGACUCGACUCUUCCCGACGAACACAUCGGAACAGUUGUGUCCAAAGAGUACAAUCUAUCCAAUGGUGUCAUUCAAAUCAGACAACAGAGUAUCGCAAAUGAGACCAAAUUCCGCAAUCGUUUGUCCGCUCUUACGCUCAAAAACUAUAGGCAAAUGUCGCGAAACGUAUUGCUGUUGUCGUUCUUCGUGUUAUUGCCAUCGAUUGAAAUCUGUUUACUAAUCAUGAGUAUUGGACAAGACAUCAAAAACAUUCCCGUCUCUGUCUAUAACCCGGAAAAGUUGGAAACUUCUCAGUCGUUAAGCGAAUUAUUCUUGAGUUCAAUCGACGAAAAGCACAUCACUUUA